AGUUGAGGUUGCUGGCAACAUUGGAGCCACUCUGGGCGACCACCUUGCUGCCACAGUCAGCGGAGGAGGUCACUUGCUUCAGGGGCGCUCCCCGAAGCACCGCGCAAGCUCCAGAAGCACCGAACCGGCGAUCAGAGCCAUCACACUGAGCGGCAGCCGGCAUGGCUGGCGAUGAAGCAGCCGCGCCGCCGGCCGCGCAGGCGGCGGCGCCGCCGCGCACGCCUCUCAUUACGUGCACCAAGCACGUCAGCCAGACCCCUCAGUACCUGUACAUGUGCACGAACAACACCUCCACCUUCAAGAAUGAAAGCAUUUUCAAGUCGUCAGACGGCUCCCUGCUGUACAGGCUGCAGAACAACAACGGCAUUUUCCGGGAGAACAAGGUUUUGACCGACGCCCAGGGCAACGUGGUGCUCACCGCUAAGAAGUUUCCGCUGAGCCUGGCCAAGUGGACCAUCUGCUCCCCCAGCGGCACCGUGCUGGCCAAGACACGCACCAUCUCAGGCAUGGCCAAGUAUGCUGUGGAGGUGGACGUGCCGUCCGCCCGCAUCAAGCCCACCUUCACCGUAUCGCCCGACCUGAGCAACAGCCAGGUGCUGAUGUGGCAGAAUAACGGCAAGGGCAAGGAGGACACCACGAUGUGCACCGCGACCUAUGGCGCCAAUGUGGCCCUCGGCCUGGUGUCGGCGGCGGUGCAAGACUGGACUUACCACAUCGUGGUGGAGCCCGGCGCAGAUGCGGCGCUGGCGUGCUGCUUCCUCAUCAUCUUUACAGACUUGCUGGAGUGGAAUGCCCUGGGCGGUGCCUUUGGCAUGAACUGAACGACUGCAUCACCAGCUGCCACAGCCAUGAUUCGUGCAAUAAAUUAUAGCCUUCCUGCCAGCCCAUCCAAUGCUGGCGAUCGUGCCAUGCCCUACUUGUACACCCUCCUUUCACCAUUCCGCUUAAACACGCAUAUCAGCUCUGCCCCAAGUGCUCUUCUUUCAUUCUUGUUUAGAAUUACUCAACUCCGUACUAAAUAGAACUAACUGC